GUUUUCAAAAGAAACGAUUCGGCCCUGACCCUGACGCCGUACAUCGACCUCGACUUCGUGACUCCAACUUCGAUACCCUCGAUACCCAACACAGCACCCAAAAUGUCGUCCUCCGUGAGCAGGUCCGCCGUGACCACGCCCGUCAGGUCGACACCACAGAAGACCGCCGCUGUUGUUGACAGCCCGGGUACCUGGAGACAUCCUCGUCUGAACGAGAUCACGAGACGACGCAAUGCGACCACCUUCUCCGAGAAGAACGUGAGGAAGAUCGCGUACAACAUUGCCUUUCUCCUCGGUCUGUGGCUUUCUCAGGUCGUCGCACGAUCAUAUGUCCCUACUUCCUGGGUCAAUCCUUCUCUGCGAUCGUACCUUGGCUGGGCGUACUACGCGAUCCAGCUCUUUCCUCUCGUAAACAUCGGCAUGGCUAUGCUUCCGUUGUUCCGUCCUGCCGACGAUCUUGCCGACAUCCCCCUCACGCCUGCCCAGCGCAAGCUUCUUGGACUGCCCCCCAGCGCAACGGCAGCCACUCCUGAUGCUGUCUACAGCACGCCGCCGAGAUACUCACGCACGCCGUCCCUGGCUGGCUCACCCGCGAGCAACAGAAGCUUCUCUGGCUCUCCACUGUCUGGACGGGGCAGCCCGGCGCUCGGGUCCUCGUUCAAUGGACAAUCAUACUCGCCCUCUCCUCUGAACGGCAGCCCCUCUAAGUUUUCAGCUAGUCUGAACAGCAACCGGAGGUCAUCUUUCAGUUCGUCCACCAACUUCGGUGCGAGCACCAACAGCAACCUGGGCGCCAGUACCGCCUCUUCUCUGUUUCCCGACCCCGGAACACCAAGCCCCUCGACGGGCAAGCGCACUAGUGUUGGCUUGAACAACAACGACUCGAAGCUCGUCUUCAAGAAGGGCAUCUUCAGGCUGUCUGAGGAGCGUCACAUUCCGGCCGAUGACCCUUACUGGACCUCUUUUUGGGAGCUCCCCGAAUCCUCAGAGGACAUCUUCAGCCUCUUCGCUCCCGCCGAUAUUCGUCGCACCAGAGAUAAAGCACUUGAAAAUCUAGAAACGCUGAUACUUGCAAUCACAUCUCGACUGUUCAUAUUGCGCCACCAUCCCUCGUUCCCCGACCCUGAGAUCGCACCCGAACGAGACGCUCUGAACUGUAUCCGAGUCCUGACGCGCAUCCUGCCCUUCAUCUACGAGGCUGAUAACCUUCAACAAUGGGAAGAAACAUUCUUUUGGGGUGCUAGGCGGAAGAGGACGAGGCAAUCCGCCAUUGCCAACGAAGUGCUGUUCGACGGAGCCCAGGAUGGCCCGCGAUCACCCAAGCCGAGGAACGACCCUGAAGACUUCGAAGACGCCAAGCCUCUCGCCGAGGAGCUUAUCGACACUCUCGUAGACUUGCUGUUCUUUUCCGAUCUCACCUUACCCAAACAACCCAAUGGACGCUCGAAAGUCACGUACGCCAUCUGGCAGAGUGGCGUGGGCUGCAAUACCGCAGUAACUACCACCAAGGAGUUCGAAAGCAACCGUAGCGAGAUUCUCCGCUUGCUCAUGACCAUGACAAGUCAGAGCAUGUAUAUGUCACCCAACGCUCUUCCACAAAAGGGUGUCCGGGCCUUGACCCAUAUUUGUACAUGCCCCGACAAGCAGGUCGUGUUGUCGGUUCUCUGCUCGCUGCUGAAUACUACCCUAAAGUAUAACCCAGCCACCUGGCGUGUUCCUUACAACACGCUCGUCUUCAAAGACGAGAAGCAGAUUCUGGUGACUUACACACUACAACUGCUGCUGGUAUUCUUGCUAUACCCAAUACCCGAGCAGGAUGGCACGACGCCCAAGAACUUUUAUCGUCAUUUCCUUGGGCGACUUCACCGCCCCCAGGACUUUCAGUUCAUCGUCGACGGUAUGACGCGAAUUCUCAACCAGCCGCUCCAGGAGAAGAGCUCGUAUAUUCCCAGCGGACAGACGGGGGCCAAGUUUGCUCCAGAAAUCAUCAUGCUUUUCUGGGAAAUUACGCAGUGCAACAAACGAUUCCGUUCAUUCAUCAUCGAUACAGAGCGACUGACGGAUUUUCUCGUCCUGACCCUUUUCUACGCUCUGGAGUACAAGAAUGAUCCGUCCAAGCAAGGGGUAGUGCGGAUGUGUGCCUUCUUGCUCCAAACUUUGAGUGUGGAAAAGAAUUUUGGCACCAAUCUCAACCGCACUUUUGGGCGACAAGAAAGUCUGCCUUUGACCAUUAGAAUACCAGGAUUCAGCGGAACAUACGCUGACUUCUUGAUCCACUCAAUCUACAAUCUCAUCACCACGAGUCAAGGCAGACUGAACGCUAUCUACCCAGCAUUGUUGGCCGUGAUCAACAACAUCGCCCCUUACCUCGAAGGACUCAGUCCGGCAUCUGCAUCGAAGCUAAUGCAGCUGUUCUCUUCCAUGUCUUCCCCCUCGUUUCUUCUGGCAAAUGACAGUAACCACGACCUCCUGAGGUCACUAAUGGAGUCCAUCAACGCAGUCGUUGAGCAUCAGUACCAAAAGAAUCCAGAGUUGAUCUUCUCGAUCCUGCGCAAUAAGAAACGCAUUGAAGCACUGCGUACUUUUACGCUUGAGAGUGGCCAGGAGGAGAUUGAGAGACGCAACCGUCGCCGCAAAGAGGCUGCUGCCAGCGGUGAUGGAUUGGAACCAAGUUCGGUCAGAAGCUCCGUUGAAAGCCUCCGCAGCCCGACGACUUCGCAAGCUCGGCAACCCACCCUCAGCGAUGUGCCUGAAGAAGACGGAACUUUCGCGAUCGGGGACGACGACGACGACAGCGAUGACGAUGAUGACGACGAAGACGAUCAUCGCCCUACGCCAGCCCAGUCUACUACAAGCGAGAACCCGUCCGUCACAUCGUCCCAAGCUGAAUUUGCGGAGGAUGCAGUUCCCACGCAACUCCGCGGAAUGUCGGAGAAAGCCAGGGGAAAGAUGCCCGCUGGCGUACCCAAUUUCUCCCGACAGAACAGCACCACAAGUCUAGGUGGCUAUUCCACCAGUGGACAAUCACAGGCCGGCGCCUUUGAGCCAAGUGCGCAGUGGAUCGAGAGCUGGCUUCCAGAGCUCCCGCUCCAUACCAUGCUCACUGUGAUUCAGCAAGUGUCAGCCCUGCUGCCCCGUCAAGCACUUGCUGGCGAAUCCGCGAACCGAGAGACGCUGCAAAAGAUACAGGAAAUCAGGCUGGUAGGUGUAGACCCAACACCGCCUCGUGUUCAUUCGUUCGAGUGGUCACAGUUGUCUCUGGGCUGGUACGAAUCACUCCUCUGGGGUUUCGUCUUCACCAGCGAGAUCCAGGUAUCUAAGGGUACAGUUGGAAUCUGGAACGGGACAGCAAUAAAACUGUUCCGCGUCCAAGAGACAGCUCCACAAGGUCCCAGCUUGACCUCACCUAGAGGAGCAGUAGACGCCGUGGGAAGCAACAUCGUAUCCCGCAUCGGCGCCAUGAACCUUCGCGGUGCUCCGGGAAGUGCUGCACCAGGUGCUCCGCAACGACCUUCUUGA